GGGUUGAUCGGGGCGGGCGGAGUCAACUCUUGAAAGCAGUGAAGCCUGGUGGAGUGGAAUCAAACAAAACAUAAAGAGACCGAGACAGAAGCGGUAUCACCGACACAGUGGAGGAGGUUUGCUUUUUUAAUGGUUUCCAGUCUCGUAUGAAGAAAGAAGAUGAGACUCAGGUCUCACAAGACGACCUCUCCGGACACUCCGAGGACCAACCGCCGCCCGGCUGUCAAAGCGACGCCGAGACGAGUCCGCGCGCCGGUGCCCGAGAGCCCGCUGCCGACCAAGGUUGAAGAACCUUUGGAUACGGAAUCCCACCACUCAGACGAUGAAGUUCCAACAAUGAUGAGGCGGCGGCUGCCUCGCGGCCGAGCCAGGAAGAGGGCCAUCGCUGUGGAGGACAGAGAAACCGAUUUGGCCUUCAAGACUCCGGUCAGACCCGUCCUGCACCCCGAGCGCAUACUGUCCGAGAUCGACCCGGGGUCUCCGAGCAACUCCACAGCCAGAAACAUCUACUCGCCCAUUGUGCGUUUCCUCACACCCAGCAAAGAGAAUUCGAAUCGUAAUGGAAAGAGCAUUUUGUUGAGUCCAGAACAAGGUGUAUUCGGUUUCGGGUCCGAUGACCUUCUGGCCGGAGAUGAGGACGGGGACGUCAUCUUCAACCCUUUUACCUUCAUCAAGAACAUACCGUCACAGUCUGAGUAUUCCCCACCGCGACUCAGAGACAUUCCCCCCAAGACCAGGAGCACUCCAGAGGCCACGCUGGUGCUCGACCUGGAGGAGACGCUGAUGUUCAGCUCUCUGAACGUGAUCGAGGGAGCAGAGUUCGCCUUCAACACGGCGUUCCAGGACAAUCAAUACAAGGUGCACAUGAUCCUUCGACCACAUCUGAAAGAGUUCCUUCAGUCCAUGUCAAAAGUCUAUGAGCUGUUUGUUUACACAUGUGCAAAGAAGGAAUACGCUGAGAAGAUUCUGGACGUCCUGGACCCGCAGAGGAAACUGUUUCGACAUCGCCUGUUUCAGGACGACUGCGCCUGCAUCCUCGGCCACUACAUCAAAGACCUCAGCGUCCUGGGGAGGGACCUGGCUAAGACCGUGGUCCUGGACAACGCACCACACACUUACCCGUACCACCUGAUGAACACGAUUCCCAUUAAGAGCUGGUCAGGAGAGUCAGCGGACAGGGAGCUCCACAAACUCAUCUCCUACAUGGAGAAACUGUCUGCAGCGGAGGACUGUCGGGAGGUGCUGAAGAAGAGGAAGGAUCAUUUCCACAGGCUGCUGUCGGAGGACUGACCCAACCGCCGCUUCCCCCCCCCCAUGCCCCUCACUUUCAACUAAUUUACAUGACUCCCACAGCUUGUGGUUGCAUUUGUGUUGUGCUUUGGUUAAAAAAAAUGAUUCCAUUUUGAACUGGCCGACUUGAGGCCCGUUGUGUUGUGCUGUGUUGUGGUGGACACACUCGCCCUCCUCUGUCCUCCCUGAUUACUUAAAAGGACGAGACAUCGGUAUGUCAAACAUGCUGCUGGUCGUUCAUCACAUCGAACUCUUUUGUCCAAGACUCAUUCCACACGGCAGUAAACUGCCACCCACUGUUUGUGUUUAUUCACGGAAAAAACUUGAAAUAUGUUGUUUAUAGAAAUUAUCUUUUAUUUAUUGAUUAAAUUACUAAUCAACAGCUGUUAUCUGUAUAUUUCAGAUAUACUUUUUUUUUUAAUGCAAUAAAAUUGCCCUAAUAUUAACGGGAGAAUAAAACCCUGAAAUCGUCAA